CAAAUAAAUGAAUGCUGUUAGCAAACAAUUAUAACGUCUCUGUAAGCCUUCCACUGGUAGCGCCCAUUGAUUUUCAAAUGAUCUUCCUCAGAGUGAGAAUUUCAUUGGCAAUCACUUUUUCCAGGAGAAGUUUCAAAGGAGUUACAGAGAACAGUGAGUAAUAGUACAUUGACUCUUAAAACUAGUUGUGUAGAUGAUGGUUAUGUGUGUAUUGUUCAUCUAGUGACGCUGGAUACGGUCCAAGUCUCCAUGGCUCUUAUUGGUUCAGUGACUUCCGCCUCAAUCUUCCUACUGCUUCUGUUGCUUUGGGCCUUACUACUGAUCAUUGAGAGAUUCAAACAGGUUCCAAAGUAUUGUCCUGAAGGUCUACAUCUUGAAGUAGGCACAGCCUUCCCACGGAAUACACUCCUCUCUAACACCACAGAGACUGGAGCGAUACCGUCAAUUACCCCACCAGAGAGUCCUGGACCAACCCAGGACGCCCACCACAGAUGCCUAAGCUCACUGAGCCGUGAGGGUGAAGUGCAUCCCACCUCUAUUGUCAUCAAUGUCACCACCAACAUCAAGCCAUCCCUUCAACAUGGAGGUGAAGACGGCCCCUGGGAGGGUCAGAGAGGACACUGUCACACACCAGAGGAGAUGGAACAAAAACUGUUGGAAAUCUGCACAGUUUCUCAAGGUCAGAGUCUGGAGGAGCUAAACUAUGACACAGUCCAGGACCUGUCACUGCUGCUGGACUCAGGGGGCUGUGGCCGGGGCAGCGGGGUGAGAAGGCUGGGCUAUUCCCUGGGUGUCACCCCGGAGGUCCUUUCUAACCUCCAUGGCUUCCAGGAUCUCUUCCAGUACCUGCGCACCUCCACCUACAUCCUACUGCCCCAACUGGCCCAGGCCGCCGCCCUCCUGCCCCGCCCUGACGUUGUUGCUAGGAUACACAGUGGUCUGGUGGCCAAUCACACAGAGAUAUCCAGGCCCUAGGGACAUGUUGCCAAUCCCACCUUGGCCUGUGUGACAUACAGUGCAUUCGGAAAGUAUUCAGACCCUUGACUUUUUCCACAUUUUGUUACGUUACAACCUUAUUCUAUAAUGGACUCAAUUGUUUUUUCCCCCUCAUCAAUCUAAACACAAUACCCCAUAAUGACAAAGCAAAAACAGGCAUUUCGAUUUUUUCCCCAAAAAACACUAAAUUAUAAUAACUGAAAUACAUAAAUAUUCAGGCCCUUUACUCAGUACUUUGUUGAAGCACCUUUGGCAGCAAUUACAGCCUCAAGUCUUCUUGGGUUUGACGCUACAAGCUUGGUACACCUG